UCUCCUCGGCGUCAGUGUGGGUGGCCAUGGGCGUGUUGCCCCGUCGGAAGGCGACAUGAAUUCGGUCCGUGUGGUUUUUGUUGGAGUUGAUUUUGGAGUCUUCUUUUUUUUUAACUGCACGUCUAGUUCACUGACUCAGGUUUAAAACCAGUCCGGCACUCCACCAAAGAAGAAUGACUUACCUGCGCAAAGUACUCAGAAGACGACUGCACCCUCUUAAACUGGCCGCAGUGGCUCUGGUCUUUGUCACGUUUGUGUUCUUCAUACAAUGGGAAGUGGAAAGCCAAAGCCAACAGAAGGACCCAUGGCUGCAGGAGAUAAAAGAGAAACGGGAUACCAUGCUGGGCAUGGUGAUUGGGGCAGUUAAUAACCUCAGGGACGCCAUGCCAAAGAUGCAGAUUAGAGCGCCUGUACGUCAGCAGCACAGUGAAAAUGGUGCAUCCUGUUUGCCGGGUCGCUACACAGCUGCAGAGCUCAAACCAGCCCUGGAGAGGCCUCCCCAGAACCCGCUCGCUCCCGGUGCCGCUGGCAAGCCCUUCCACACGGACUCCCUGAGCCGGGCAGAACAGAAGGAAAAAGAGACUGGCGAGCAGAAGCACUGCUUCAAUCUGUAUGCCAGUGAUCGCAUCUCCCUGAGCCGAGACCUGGGCGCAGACACAAGACCGCCAGCAUGUAUUGAGCAAACCUUCAAGCGGUGCCCCCCCUUGCCAACCACCAGCGUGAUAAUCGUGUUUCACAAUGAGGCCUGGAGCACCCUGCUGAGGACCGUGUACAGUGUCUUGCAUACGUCCCCCGCCAUUCUCCUCAAAGAGAUUAUCCUGGUGGACGACGCCAGUGUUGAUGAUGUGCUAAAGGAUGAGUUGGAGGAGUAUCUGAAAGCCUUAAGUAUUGUUCGGGUGGUUCGGCAAGUAGAGAGGAAGGGCCUCAUCACUGCUCGGUUACUGGGCGCAUCCGUGGCUACCGGUGACACUCUCACCUUUCUGGAUGCCCAUUGCGAGUGCUUUAACGGAUGGCUGGAGCCACUGCUUGCCAGGAUAGCAGAGAACUCAACCGCAGUGGUCAGUCCUGAUAUAUCGACCAUUGACCUUAACACCUUUGAGUUCAUGAAGCCGUCCCCGUACGGCCAGAACCACAACCGGGGCAACUUUGACUGGGGCUUAUCCUUCGGAUGGGAGGGUCUUCCGGAUCAUGAGAAAAAGAGGAGGAAGAAUGAAACUUAUCCGAUCAAGACUCCCACGUUUGCCGGCGGGUUGUUCUCCAUCUCGAGGGAAUAUUUCUACCACAUCGGAAGCUAUGAUGACGAAAUGGAAAUCUGGGGUGGCGAGAAUAUUGAAAUGUCUUUCAGGGUCUGGCAGUGCGGCGGACAGCUGGAGAUCAUCCCGUGCUCUGUCGUCGGUCAUGUGUUCCGCACCAAGAGCCCCCACACUUUUCCCAAGGGUACGCAGGUGAUUGCCCGCAACCAAGUCCGACUGGCUGAGGUCUGGAUGGACGAGUACAAGGAGAUCUUCUACCGUCGUAACCAGCAAGCCAGACAGAUGGCCACAGAUAAAACCUUUGGCGACAUCUCAAAGCGGAUCGACCUCCGUGAGCGGCUGCAGUGCAAGAGCUUCUCCUGGUAUUUGAAGAACGUCUAUCCUGAGGUCUUCAUGCCUGAUCUGAACCCUCUGCGCUUUGGCUCGGUGAAAAAUGUGGGCAAGGACUCAUGCCUGGACGCGGGCGAGAACAAUGACGGGGGCAAACAUCUGAUCAUGUACCCAUGUCACGGGCUAGGAGGGAACCAGUACUUUGAGUUCUCCACACAUCACGACAUUCGACACAAUAUUCAGAAGGAGCUGUGUUUGCACGGAUCGGAGGGGGCUGUCAAGCUGGAGCCCUGCCAGUAUCAGGGCAGGGAUACAGUUGUGGGUCCGGAGCAACAAUGGGAGUUGCAGGAUAACCAGUUAUUCUACAUGCCGAGAAUGAACAUGUGUCUGACUUCCCGUCUUGAGAAUCCUGCUUUGGCUCCUUGCGACCCCUCGGACAGAUACCAGCUUUGGUCCUUCAUCUGAAUGUAGAAUAAGUUGUUCAAAAUCCCUUUUUUAAAUUAUAGAUUCGGGACUGCA